CGCUGACCGACAGGUCGCUUGUUUUCCUGGUUCUCACACCGCACUUUCUAUUCAGAGCAAAAUAUCGUCUUUAACAAUUGUUUGAGGAAUUGCCACGGACCUCAAAUGGGAGAUCCGGCAGGCGGAAAGAUGUACAUUUACAAUCUACCCUUUUCGGAGCGGCGCGAGCUGUGCAACAUUCUGUCUGAAAACGAGAAGUGGAAACAGCUUGCUGGGCAGUUCAUGAACAUGUCCAUGAAUGAAAUUAGCUACCACGGUAGACAGAGUGAUCCCGUCAGCUCGGUGCUCGAUUCCUGGGGCCACAAAAACCACACAGUGCAGGAGCUGUUCGUCAUUCUCCUCGAGAUGGAGCAUUACAGAGCCAUGAGUGUACUCAAACCAUUCAUUCACGAGAAGUAUCACAGCCUAAUCCAAGAGGGCGAUGAAAGCAUGACAAGACUGUUGAGCGCGUUGAGAAAAGCUCCUUUGCCCAAGGUAAAGGAGUUGAAUUUCAGCAAAAGCGACAUUCAAGGUGACUACAAUAACGUCAAGGACAAUUAUUACGCAGCAGUCGACAAAAAAAGGGAGAAAAAAUUGAACAUUGUGCUACCAACCAAAGAUGAGGCCAGAGCUGUUAGUCCGGCAAAGUCUAGCUCGGGAGAAAAUGUGUCGAGAGAAUCUAAUUUGUACACUGAUGAGCUGAAGAGAACGAUGACUGAAAUUCCUUUUCACGAACUGGAAAGAGCAACUAGCAACUGGAGUGAUAGCAACAUUCUAGGCAAGGGCGGGUUCGGCACCGUGUACCAGGGCGAGUGGAAAAGUACAAAAGUAGCUGUGAAAGUUUUCAAAAAGCGACCUGACAGCAGUGGGGAAAACAACGAAGCGCAGUUCGAACAACUUCUCAAGGAGCUGCAAAUUUUGGACUCCAUCCGACACGACAACAUUUUAUCUGUUUACGGAUUUUCUUUUGGCAAAGGACUGGUGCCGUGCAUUGUCUACCAACUCAUGGAAAACGGUUCGCUUGAAGACAGGCUUCAAUGCAAGAGAGGGUCUCUGCCACUGUCAUGGUACCAAAGAUUUGAAAUCACCAGGGGAACCGCGAGAGGACUGCAGUUUUUGCACACAAAGGGAGAAAAGCCACUAAUUCAUGGGGAUAUUAAAAGCGCAAACAUUUUACUGGACGCCAAUAUGAAGCCGUACAUCGGAGACUUUGGUCUGGCAAGAGAAGGACCGAUUCCCUCUCUAACCCACCUAACGGUUCUCAACGUGAAUGGGACCAAACCUUAUUUGCCGUUUGAUUACCUUUCAUCUCGGCAAAUUUCUACAAAAGUCGACGCAUAUAGCUUUGGAAUUGUAAUGUUUGAAAUAGCCACUGGAAAAAGGGCUUACGACAAAAAACGAAAACCAGAAGCACUGAAAGAUAUGGUGCGUGAGGCUCGCAAUCCCGAAGAGCUGAUGGACUGCUCCGCAGGGAUCCAGGAUGAAUACGACUUCAUUUUCCCUAGGAUCAUAUUUAACGAGCUCAUCAGACUGGGAAAAAUUUGCACUGUGGAGCGAGCGAAGGAACGGCCGGAGGUGCUCGAGGUGCUGCAGGCCCUUGAGAGGCUCAACGUGCCCAGCCGGUCGGCCAGCGCGGUGUCGCACUCGACUCCGUUCUGCAUAACACCAAUGGAGCUUCAGAGGCAUUACGACAGCCUCAACAACAGAAGUCCUGACCAAAAUAUGAACGGAUUGCGCGUGGUUACUUCAAGGCAGCACUACCCGUUCCCUCCGGCCAGCCCGUCGAUGAACAUACCAGAAUUCCCGCUCUCCACCCCAUCCACCCUUCCAACCCAAAACCCAUUUCCCUCGCCCGUACUCCCCUACCGCUUUUCUCCCAUGGAGGGCCCUCCACUGCUGAUGGUGCAGCCGCCCUCGCUUUCUGUGUCCUCGCCGUCCCCUGUCCCUGCGGCUGUGAGCGAAUCGCCUUUGCUGCGAGACCAGGAGCAAGAAGAGUUGCCAUCGCUAAACGAGUCCGAAUUCACCCCGACGGUCCUGCCCGGCGGCUCUUCGUCGCAAAAGGAAACCGAAUCGUCACAGGAUCUGGUGCCGCUGUUGACAGCAUUGGGCAUCAAAAUUAACAAAUCAGAAGAUGAAGAUCAGGACGAAGGCGUUUCUUCGAGCGAUGACAACAAUUGAUGUAUUUUUGCACAUUUUUGUAUAUUAAACUAAUUUUAAAC